AUGACGAUCAGGUGUUUAUUAUGUGCUAUUAUUUUGUUUUAUUCUAGUCAAAAUGUUGAGGGAAACAGUCAAAUUGGUAAGUUUGCUCUAUUGAUGAUAGCCUGGUCAAAAAAAAUUCUCGCAGACAACACCUUCAAGGCUAAAGCCUUCGUCGCAUUCCCGUCUCCAACUUCUAGUAUUUUCGAUUGGGUUCCUUUCAAACCAUUUGGUUCCAAACAGUCUACACCUCUGAUUCGCUUAAAAGUUCGAGCUUAUAAUCGAGUAGUGUUCACUAAAAAAGACUCACUUCUCAAGGAAGUCGAAAAUGUUAGCGAGUACAAAAAAGAGCAAGAAAAGCAGUUUGAGAAGAAGAAGAACGAUCCAACGUCAAUUGAGGAAAAAGAGAUAAUUGUAAAUGAGCCAGAUAAGAUGUACGAAAAGGGGGAGGAGCCAAAGAUUUUCUUGGUUCCAAAACAAGGAGAAACUGUAUCAAGAAUUGGUAACGAGUAUGGUCAAGAAGAGGUGAUAGGAAAUGAUAAUGAAGAUGAGGUGGAGAAGCCGAAAGAUGACGAUUUCCAAAUAAUGUAUGACGAUCAGUUGAAGGAGUAUGUGCUGAAAAGACCGCUGAAGAUGGAUAAAAAUGGAAUAAUUGAUUCAUGGAACGGUGGAGAUUCAAAGGAGAGAGGAGAAGAAAAAACAACAAGAACAGGAGAAGAAGGAGAAGAUGAUGAAGCUAGAAGGAUUCUAGAGAAUGAAGAAGAAGGCCUCGGCGUUCGUGGAAUCGGAAAUGAAACUAUUCGGAACACACCGAAGAAGGAAAAUGUCACAGAAGUGAAUCUGGAAGAAGAGGAAUUGAAUUUGGAAGACCUAGAGCCCAAAUCCCAUCGCUUUAAACCUGGAAAAAGCAAGAUUCGUACUUAUGACCUGGCUUGGAUGGAUCCGCGCCUCCUAGAAAAAGAAGAAUUCUCAGUUCGGUUGACACCUCAAGAGAGAUCUGAUUGGCGAGAUAAACUUAUCAAUUUGACACUUUUGGAGGAACGAAGAGCCGAUGAACACAGGGAUUACGGUAGCAGUUAUAUUCUCCCGGUUCUGAAAAGUGUGGAUUACGAUAAUACAAGUGUGCCUUUGGCGUUUAAUGAUAUUCCGGUGAAUGUGGCGGUCGCUUUUAAUUUUCUGUAUCUGGCGAAUUUCGAUAGCGAGAUGAUGGAGUUUUCGAUGGAUGUAGAAAUGGAAUUCUCGUGGAUUGAUAUUAGACUAGUGAACAACUACACUAAACCAAUCAGAAUCCGCGAGAAAGCUAUCAUCGAGCAAAUUUGGAGACCCGAUCCGUAUAUCGUCAACUCAAAACACUCGUAUUUUCAUUAUGUAUCAUUUCCAAAUAUUCGAAUGAGAAUCACACCGGAAGGUUUGGUGACGUAUACUGUCAGAGUAUCGUCAAUAUGUUCUUGUUUCAUGUCAUUCUGUUUAUACCCGCACGACAGACAGGAAUGUGAUUUGAGAAUUGCGUCGAGUGAGUUUUUCGGGGUUUUGGGUCACAACAAGAUAUUUUGCAUUGCAGUUGCCUACUCAAACCAAUAUGUAAAAUUUCACUGGCACUCCAAUCCAAUCAGAUUCCAAUCGAAAAUCACCUUACCUGAAUUGCACAUCACGAAAAUUAAAACUGGAGAAUGUUCUCUCAGAAACAAGUUAGUUGACGCAUCCUGUCUCAAAAUCUUGUUUUCUUUGGAACGAGAUAGUGCACGAUUUGUGAUUGAAAAAUAUGUGCCAUCUACUUUGGCAAUGAUGUUCGCGUGGGUGGCUCCAUAUGUACCCUAUAACUAUGAAGACGUCAGAAUUAUUACACCAAUUACGGUGCUCCUUACCCUGGUUCAAAUGGAAAAAGGAGACAAAGAGAUCAGAACAUCCUACCUGACAUCCAUUGACGUCUGGUUUGCAGCCAUGAAAUCCUUCACCGUACUCUCACUUUUGGAAUCAUUAGUAGUUUUGGCUCUGAUCAAAAGAAGUCGAGCAAUGACAAAAAAUGCGGAAAGAGCUGCAAAUGAAUUUGAAAGAUGCACGUUUGAAGCAGAAGCAUAUCGAUUGAAUCGACUGUAUCAUCGAGUGGAUUCAAUUUGUAGAUUCUCAUCUCCUGUGGUUUUUCAUUUUGAGGAGACAGUAGAGGAGCAGCAGAACAACUAUGGAAUAAAAAAAGAAAGAUCACAAAUCAUCACAAAUGAAAAAGUUUUGAACUUGCCGAAAAACCACACAGAGACCUAA